UUGUGAUGUUUUCUACAACUCGGCGAGACGCACGCAGAUUUAGUUGCAAAUUCUCGCGGCUGCUGUAAAGAUGACAAUGGUGCCACACAAUUGACACAACAACAAUAAACAUGUGUACAUAAAUAUUUAGUGCUAAUCAAAUUUGUCAAGUGCAGUGCUAAUCCUUUUUUACAACGGCUUUAUUCCUCCUCUACACAUAAGGAUUUUUGCAAAUAUUUGCAUCAAGUGCUGGCAAACAAAGUGCAUCAGCAACAAUAAAAGUGUUCAACAACAAUAGCUUAAACAACAACAACAACAAAAACAAAAAAACCAAACAAACAACAACAACAGAAACAUCCUCAAUCUCAGCACUCUCAAGACAAAAGGAAAUUUAAGAGACUGCACUGCAGCCAGCAAUUUUAGCAUUGGAACAAAAGACUUUUCUUUGUUUUUUUGGUACAACUGAAGCAAUUAACUGAAAAUGUAGCGCUGGAAAAGGACAUGGCCAAUGUGGAACAGCAAAUGCGAUGCCAUGCAACGAGCAUAAAUAAACUUGACAUAUUCCGUGAUUAGGACGUGGUGUACCCAAGCGCUCUAAAUGCAGACGAUAUGGGCACAACAUGGCCUCAGCACAGAUGCGACAUUUCUAUAACACACCAACAACAACAACAACAAACAAGUCUACUUCUUUCACAACACGCCAACUCUUACAACAGCAGCAACAACACACGAACAGCAAACGGAAGCAAUUUGAAAGUGAAACGUUUGUGUGCCACACAGCAACAGCAACAACACAAAGUAAAUUGGAAGCAACAUCAACAUGGCAGCCACUCACGCCAGCAACACUCGAGCCAGCAACAGCAACAGCAUCAGCAGAUGAUGUACAAACGAGCCGAUGUGAAAAAGGUGAAUCAAAUUGGUUAUGGACAAUACAUGAGAUUGCUGCCAGCAGCAGCAACACCAGCAGCAGCAACAGCAGCAACAGCAACGGCGCCAGAAUGCUUUCCAAUGUUGGCAAGGAGACACAGCAGCAACAACCGCAGCAGCAACUGCAUCAGCAAUAUCCUGUCGCAAGUUCACAUGGUGCUAAUUGCAAUGACAGCAACAACGUUAUUAGCGCUUGCGUGGCGGGAUGGCAACAUAUUGCUGUUGCUCCUGUGGCUGCCACUGUGGCUAUUGGGCAUUCUAAGCAAGUUGCCCAUAGGAGCACGACAAACACAACAAAAGCAACAGCAACAACAGCAACAGCAAUCAGUACAUGUAAGCCAGCAAUACAAUCACGCUUAUCUUCCAAAAUCAAACACGGCCAAGGUCAGGACUCUGCAACAGCAACACGUACAACAGCAACAACUACAACAACCACAGGAACCACAGGAACAUCAACAGCCAAACAACGAAACGUCUAUCAACACUGCACAAACGAUGUCGCUGCCACUGCCUACGGCCCACGGACUGUCAAAAUCUUUAUGGAUAUGCAAAAAUUUGCACGCACUGUAUUUCCGCUUGUUAUUGUCUUCAAUCUGCUACCUUUGUUCUAUGCAGAAUGUGAUCAGACGUUUGUCUCGCGCAUUGGCGGGCCACAAAACGGCAGCUUCACGGCGCCGCUGCUGCACAACCAUCGCAAUCAUUCGCGCCAAUGCCUCUACACAUUCUUAGCAGGACCUGGACAGCGCGUCGAAGUAGUUUUUAAAUCCUUUAAUUUAAGAGGAAGUCCGCCAGACGGUUCGGCCGUCGGUGAAUUACCAAGCUGUGUUCAUGAGUACAUGGAUAUCUACUCGGAGGUGCAAUCGUCCGAACCAGCGGAGCUGAUCAAUUCCCCAUUCGGCGGUCGCUAUUGUGGCGCCAUUCCGCCGCGUCGUCGCAUUUCCAUGUACCGCGCCGUUGCAAUUUCAUUUUUUAGCAACAAAAAUGUGUCGACCGAUCUGUUCGAGGGCACUUUUAGGUUUAUAAAUGCAUCGGAAUAUGAAAUUGGUAUACCCAUUGCUGGGUCGCCAUGUUCCUACACGAUAACGCCUAGCAUGAGUAUCAAUAAAACUGGCGCACUCAUAUCGCCAACCUAUCCAGGUGCCUAUCCGAAGGAUAUGUCAUGCACAUAUCAAUUUCUUGGUGAAUCGAAUCAAAGAGUUAGAUUAGAGUUUCGUGAUUUUGAUCUGUUUUUUGGUGGACCACACUGCCCAUUUGACUAUGUGAAAGUGUACGAUGGUCCAGAUAAUUCGUCAGCAUUAAUCGGUACAUAUUGCGGACAGCAAAGAAACUUAGUAUUGUAUUCGAGCGAAUCGAGCCUUUUUGUUCAUUUUUAUACCUUGCCGCGCACCGCAAAUACGCAAAAUCGUGGCUUUAAAGGAAUUUAUGAAUUUAGCGAAAGUUUUGUUAAAUUAGAUUUUAUACGUGAAAAUGAUGGCAUUCACAUACGUGGCUCAGAAUGUGAUCAAAAAAUUUUAUCGAAGAAGGAAUCAACUGGCUUUGUGCUCUCACCAAACUAUCCCUAUCCAUAUAUACCAAAAACUGUGUGUAGAUAUUUCAUCUAUGGCAUGCAGGAUGCACAGCAUCUGGAGCGUGUACGGCUCGAGUUUAAUUCUUUCAAUAUACCCAAAAUGGAGCACAAGGAUAAGAGCGAAUCCAACUGCACUGAUGGCUAUCUGAAAAUCUAUCUAAAGGGACAGGAAACUGCCGAUGCUUAUGACAAGUUCGAUUAUGAACUGUGCGGCAAUGAGACGCAGCGUGUGAUCAGCGAUGGUCCUCGCCUGGCGAUGGUAUUCAGUUCGGGUGAGCUGCAGGGGCGUGGCUUCAAGGGCAAGUAUACAUUUGAGACGGAGUACAAGAUACCCGGCACAGCGGCACCCGAUGGCACCUGCAGCUUCACGUAUGUGAGCAGCUCGAAGAAACGCGGAGAGCUAAACAGUCCACGCUAUCCCUCCAACUAUCCGUCGGACACGAACUGUUCCUAUCUGUUCUUGGCCGAGCACAAUGAACAAGUGACAAUUGUUUUCGAUCACUUCAAGAUCAAGGCGGACAACAAUGCGAAUGCCACAGCCGGUGCUUAUGGUUCUAGUGCCUGUUUUGAGGACUGGCUGGAAAUGUAUGUCGUGUAUCGGGAUAACAAUGAUCGCCUGCUCGGCCGCUAUUGUGGUUUGACAGCACCCGGACCCGUUGAGAGCCCCCGGGGUGCGGUUGGUCUGCGCAUCACGUUGCACACGGAUCAGGAGAGCGUGGCGAGCGGUUUUAAGGCGCGCUAUUUCUUCGAAUCGGCCAAAUCCGAUGCAGGCGACUGUGGCGGCAACUUUAGCAACGAAGAUUCCGGCAUUAUCACCUCCCCCAACUAUCCAGCUGGCUACAAAGCACCUGGUCGUGGCAUGGCCUCCAAUGCCUGCAACUGGGUGAUGACUGCACGUGCCGGCUACAAGUUGUCCAUUAACUUUGAGCAGUUUGGACUCGAGGGUGAUCCGGCAGGUCGAGGCUGUCCUGCUGCUGUGCUGCGUCUAUGGGUUAAUGUGGAUUCGGAUCAGCCGCCAGUGGAGCUAUGCGGCGAGAAGCCACCUGUCGAGCAUUGGCAUUAUAUAUCCACGGGUCAAACAGCACGCAUCAGUUUCACCACCAGCGACAAGACCGUUGGGGCACAGGGUUUCCGCGUUGUUUGGACUGAAAUACAGGAUUCGGGGCCGGGUCCACCAUCCAUUGGGCUGCUCUGCGAGUCCACCUAUCACUUCCAGUGUGCGGCGGGAUAUUGCAUAUCGGACAAAUUACGCUGCGAUGGUGUCAAGAAUUGUGGGCCCGGCGAUGAUAGUGACGAAUUGCAUUGUAUCACGGAAGCGGCAGAGGAGGAUCACGACGUCCUAAUUAUAAUAACACUAGUCGUCGUCUUGUCCCUAAUCUGUCUCCUAUGCACACUCUGUCACUCCAGAAGAAAACGUAGAAACCAUGUCCGUCAAUUGGGUUUACAUCGGAAUGCACAUUACGACUCGCAGACGAGUGCAACGGCUGGACUUAGCUCUAGUCGACGGCAUUUGCAAAGUGGCGGGGCGAGCAUUGCGGGGAGUCUGCAUGGCAUCAAUAGCGGUACCUUAAUCAUUCCGCCCGCUCCCCUACCACCUACAAGUGUGCCACCGCCACCUCACAUAUGUAUAGCUGGCGUGGAUAUGGUACAUGGUCUGAUGUCCAACGAUGAGGACGAUGAUGAGAAUGAUGACGACCUCGAAUUUGACGAGGACCAGCUGGAUCCCGACAUAUUUAUAAACGAUGUGCAUUUCGAUGAGGAUAAUAUCGAUCAUAUAAACCAAAUGGCAAAUGUUUAACUAUUUUUUUUUUUCGGUUUAAAAGCAUUUUUAUCGUUAGUUUCAGUUAUAAAGCGCUUUAGGUUAAGCCGUGUCCUUAACAAAGGACACUUAAAUGCAUAAAAGCGAAGUGCGAACUGUAUGUAGUUGGUUGAAGUAGUUAAAUGUUUACAAGCUACAUCAACACAGCUAGAAAGCUUAAAAAACAACAAGAAAAAGCAUAAGAUGUAGAAGAAGAUGACGAAAAAUAAGAAGAGCAAGCAGAUAAAUUCAAAAGUUAACAAUACCUAAAAGACGAAAAAUUAUGCAAAAGUGCGAAUUGAUUAAGAUAUAAAUUAAAUAAGCUAUAGACAAGGCGCAAAAACGUAAACGUAAAAUAAAAGUAAAGUAGGUUGAUAAACAUUGUAGUAGCGAUUAAUGAUGAAACAAUGAAUCGAUCAAACGAUUAAACAAUGAGACGAUGAACAAUGACGACAGGCAACAAAUAAUAAUUACAUUUAAAUAUACAUACAAGCAUACAUUACUAUAUUAUACACAUAGCGACUACGUAUGACAGAUAAUAGUAAAAAUAAAUGAAUCGGAGA